CAGUAGUGGUCUUCAAUGGCAGCUGCACAACAAGGAAAAAAAUUGCUGAAGUAUAUUUUGGGGACGUGCAUGCCCUCGGCGAAGGAGAAUGCCGCCAGGAUAAAGGUGCGACGGUUCGAGCUCGAUAAAAAUCUCCUCAUGUAUUGGAAUGAAUUCGAAUACAUCUUCGCUGACGAUCCAAAGAAACUGUGCAAAACUGGAGAUACCGUUUUAAUUCAAGAAUUGCCUGAACGACUGACUCGUCUCAUCACGCAUAAAGUGAUUGAAGUUAUUUAUCCCAUGGGUGAUGUCACAGAUCCUGUGACCGGAAAAAAGGUUGUCGUUAGUAAAUACAGAGAUGAAGUCAAAGAAACCAACGAAUUGUACGGAGAGUCCAAGAGCGCCUUUAGAUACGAGGAUAGACCCCCUCGAGGUAGCCUAGAGGAUAAGCUCGACUUUUCUCACAAACCCAGUUAUAUUAAGUAUCACGACGACCCCAAAAAACCCCAGCCCUAUGCAAUAUAAUGUAUAAAAAGCCCCAGCAGUAACAAAUAAAAACAAUAAUAUUUAAUA